AUGGAUACCAGCUACCUGACCUCUCAGGUCAACUCCAUCGUCGGUCAAUUGCAUGGACUGUUUGAUGAGAUAGGUGUUAGUAACCAUGAUCGCAAGUCGAGAGAGCAAGAGCUCUUUGCAUCGCUAUCAGACACCCUCCAAAGCCACUUACGCCGCGCUGAUUGUGAAAAAAGUGACAUGAUUAGCGAAGCGCAACAAAUCAUCGAACUGAUUAAACAGAUGGAAGCAUCUCUUGAUGACGUCGCCAAACACGACCGCAAGGUUGAGGAUCCAGAGCUCCGGGUUACUUUCCCUCUAAAUCUUUGUCUUAAAGUAUUGAAGGAGAAAUACGCUAUCAUCAGUAAAAUCCACCGUGAAAGAUUUGAGCAAAUAAAGAAGCUGGCCCGGGCACUUGAAUCCUAUUCCUCCCAUCUUGAACCCUCAUUUGUGAUGAUUCCACUUCCCCCAACCACUGAUGGUGCUUCCAUCCCAACUUCAUUUGAUCUCUCGCCAUCCUAUGCGGCCGAACUCGAUAAGGAGUUUACCAGAGUUUAUGAAGAAUACACACGUCGCGUGCAGGUAGUUCAAAGCAUUUCAGAGGAAAUAGUCAAGCUUUGGGUGGAACUAGGCACCCCGCAAGCACAGACCGAUGCAUCAAUCAUUAAGCAUCACCGCGAGUCCCCGGAGCAGUUGGGAUUGCAUGAUUCAGAUCUCGCUUCUCUCAGAGAAAUACGAGAUAAAUUAAUAGAAGAAAAACGUGGACGGGAACGAAAACAGAAAGAACUACGAACUGCGGUCGAAUCACUGUGGGAACGCCUGGGCAUCGAAGAAUCCGAUAGGAAGAGUUUCCUUGCUGCAAAUCGCGGAUGUAGUCUCAGGGCGAUAAAUGAAUUCCAGGAUGAGCUGAAUCGACUGAAUGAGUUGAAGAGGCAGAACCUUCACCUGUUCAUUGAGGACGCUCGCUGUCGGCUCCAGGGACUUUGGGAUAGCUUAUAUUAUUCCGAGGAAGAGAUGCUUGAUUUUACUCCUGCGUUUUCAGACGUCUACAGCGAUGCUCUACUUUUAGCACACGAGGCAGAAAUCGAACGUUUAGAGACACUCCGAGAACAACGGGCGCCGACACUUGAACUCAUUGAGAAACAUCGCACCCUUGUGAAUGACCGCAAUACCCUGGCUGCCUCUAGCCAGGACGCGUCUCGUCUGAUGGCUCGUGGUAACAAGGGGGAACGUCGUGAUCCUACCAGACUUCUAAGGGAAGAGAAGAUGAGGAAGAGAAUAGCGAAGGAGCUACCAAAAGUUGAAGCUGAACUGCGUAGAAUCCUUGAGCAAUGGGAAAAUGAAUACGGAAGACCAUUCCUAGUUCACGGUGAGCGAUAUCUGGAUGAAAUCCAACCUCCUGCCCCAGCAAAAAUCCCCCCAAGAUCGAAAACGCCAUGUGUGCCCUCUCAGAACAGCCGGGCAAAUUCUGUUAGAACUCCAUCAUCGAUGCGUGGCGGAGGAUCAAUUAGGGGUUUACAACCUCCUUUCCAUUCAAAAACGCCUACCGGAAAUGGCACCCUUAGGCGCAAUGCUGGGAAUCCAACUAUUGAAAAUGGCAUCAAAUCGCCUUCUAAAAUCCCAGGUCGCGUUCCUCUUAGCAACAUGCCUUUUGGGAACAACUCACCGGAUCGCCGUCCUCCUCAAUCACAUUCUUCAGAUGUCCGUAGCAAAAUGCCACCACCCCGGGCUCCUCCUCCUAAGAUGCGUGAUCUCGCUUCAGUUGCACGCCAGGAAACUCCCCAGAACUCAUUUUAUGCGGAUACGGAGCGCUGCAACAGUGCGAUGUCGUUAUCUACCUCUUAUGUUAGGCAAAUCAGCCAGGAGGAUAUUUGUGAUGAUAGAAACCAGCACAGCUACAUGGGUUCUUCCACGUCCCACUAUAGACCGGAAUCACCCCAAUCCACUUUCAAACCGUUCAACCCAGCUGCCAGUCUACAAGAUUUGAACUAUUAUAACCAUCAGAGACAUCAAUCACAACCUCAGCCAACAUGUUACAUGCAACAAUCACAUCACCCGGAGCCAAUGGGCCCUCCUCCCCGGCCAGCCAGUCGCCAAAUUUCAAAUACCUCUACCGUUACUACUAGCACAUCUAGAUCCGAGAACUGGGAAACAUAUGACGACGCAUCUGAGCCCGAAAUUGACGCAACAGAUGUUUAUUACGCGAAGAUGAGAGCCGCACAGGGCAAGUUGCAGAAUGUGGAUUCAAGCACUAUGAACGGUAAAAAGUUCAAGGGGAUCCGUGGUGUUGGCAUGGAAGAGAAUUUUGUCGAGGAAAAUGGACAGAUUACGAGAAUUGUGGGUAGCGAUGCUGGAUGGACUGAUGAUAUGGAAACCUAUUAA